AUUUAAAACCCUUGAAGUUCAAAUGAAUUGAGAAAAACGUUAUUUUUUGCAUGUUUAGUUAAUAUGCUGUUGCGAAUAGUUUUAUGUGAUAUUGAUGUGAAAAAGGAAACCCUUUACAUCUUACACGAUAAGCGUAAAGGAAGCCCUCUGUUGACGGAUUUAGUUUUGUUUUCAUUUAGCGUGUUGAAAUCGAGGCUGUAAUAUACGAUUGCAUUAUUAAAAUGUACGUUAACCAGACGUCGCCCAUUUUGGAUUGCUGUGUAGCUAGUGCUAGUGAUCACGUAAAAUUCCAUCGAGAAUCAUCUGGCCCUUUGAAGGCCAAAUAUUCAAUAUUUCUACUCAUCUGUAUAGAUUAAACAUUAAAUAAGGUAUUUACCAGUUUUCGGAACACAUCGUUGCUGAAUAAUCCGGUGAACACUGACCAAAGUGAUCAAUCUCAGACUAGUUGACUGCCGGAUUUUUGGAGAAAAUGGCCUGCGCAACACUGAAACGGACACUCGAUUUCGAUCCUCUACACAGCCCAGCCGCCUCUCCUAAAAGACGAAGAUGUACUCCUCUCUUGUCUCCUUCAUCACCAACAUCAGCCAUGUCCUCGUCAUGUCGACAGCCGUCAGCAUUUCCUCCAGUUACGCCAAGGAUGUCGCCGGGUCAAUUAGCAGCCAACAUUUGUCUAGAAUGGAAGAGGCUGAAAAGAAGACGACAUCUUGAAGAGUCUUACAACGAUGCUGGUGCAGGCACCAGCAGCGAACCUGGUGAUUCUGAGCCUCAGGUCACUGACAUGAUCCAUCAAUCAUCGUUCCCUAGUCAUAUGGCGCAUUACCAUGGUGCACCAGGGUCACCCAACACAUCGUCAGGGGGUAGUUCGCUAGGGGCCGGGCCUCAGGGGAGUAAAGAUCAACCCAUGUUCACCCUGAAGCAAGUUAUUAUUAUCUGUGAGAGAAUGCUGAAGGAACAAGAGGCACGAAUACGUGAGGACUACGACAAGGUCCUCUCGUGUAAACUAGCAGAACAAUAUGAUGCCUUUGUGAAAUUCAACCAAGAUCAGCUUCAUCGACGCUUCAGAGACACCACAGCUAGUUAUGUGUCAUAAGAUGCACAUUCUUGGUAGAGUUUCAUCAUUUUCACCAGAGCUGUUGUAAUUACUCAAGGAUAUUCUUGAGACUUAAACAGCAGGAAUAGCACAAUAUAACACCACUCUCACUUCCCCAAUGAGUGCAAGACACCAAGAAGCAAUUGUAGAAAUACCUUUUCCUCCAAAUGUCACAGUUAAAAUGUUUAAUUUCCAAUUAUUUUCGUGCAGAAGUCAUUCUUAAGUAUAUUUACCUAAAUGAUAAAGAUAGUUAUAGCAAAAAAGAAAGGAAGAAAAUAGAAAUUUUUGGAAAAAUACAAAAACAGGGGAUGCCACACUUCAUUGAAGAGGGUAAUGUUUGAUCUCCACAAUGUGGAAACUGAAUCACAGAUGGCAUCAAUGAAUAGGCUUUAACUUCUCUGCACAUAACAAAUCAAAAUUAAUCAUCAUAACUUCACUUUCAUAGUCUGAGGAAAUGUUUUUGGUCUGAUGAUGAAAGAUAGUCUUGUUUGUGUUUUACCUUUAUACUCAAGUGUCGGUAACAAAAUCAAAUUAUUUUUAGUUGGUCCAUCAUAUUAACUUUUGUCUGCACUAUGUAAUGUCAUGCUUAAUCACCUAGGAAACCUACUUUUUAAGUCAUCUGUUAGCAUAUUUAUCCCAAGUACCAGUAUAAUUAACUGAAUAAAGAAUUGUGUUACUGUCUCACGUAAUGCAGGAGUUGGAGUUUAUUUACACACAGAUCUGUAACCAAUUUGUCGUGUUACCCAAACUUACUGUGAAAAGGUUAAUCCAUAGCUGGAAAAGGAAAAAAAAACAAUCACUUGUCAGGUGUCCAGUUUUCUUUUUAAACUAGUGGUCAUUAAAGAUCAUGCUCUUUGUCUUGCUUGAACAUAUGAGACACACUUGAUGUCAGCAACAUUAAGAGGAAGGAGCACCAUUAAAUGGAACUUGGAGCCUUCAGGAUUUUUAUGUACAUCUUUCAACAGAAUCCCAAAGACAUUCACGAAGUAGCCAAAAAAUGUGGUACUUAUGUUUAUUACGUUUUGGUUGACUUUUUAUUUGAAAAGGAAAGUGUUCAAUUUUGUACAUAUUGUACAGCAAUUGUUCUUUAACUCUUGUAUUAUUCUCUUAUUUUAACCCUCAUUUUACUCAUUGAAUUUUUUUGUUCCUGAUUUUUCUGUCUGUGUUUAGAUAGUAUAGUGCUGUGAAUUUAGAGAUAAAGUGUGAACACAUUGUUACCUUCAACUACAUUUGAGUUAGACUUUCAUUUUUCA